UGAUCGCUCUCUAGCGCUUUGCCGUUGAGGUUAGCUACUGUAGUCCUGCGUAUUGGCCUGCCCCUCGUGGCAGUGACAUGGAGGAAUUCGACUCCGAAGACUUUUCCACCUCGGAGGAAGAUGAGGACUACGUGCCGUCGGGUGGAGAGUAUAGUGAAGAUGAUGUAAAUGAAUUAGUGAAGGAAGAUGAAGUGGAUGCUGAAGAGCAGACACAGAAAACCAAAGGGACAAAGAGAAAGGCUGAGAGCAUUCUGGCCAGGAAGAGAAAACAGGGAGGCCUUUCACUUGGAGAAGAGGAGGAGGAGGCCAGAGAGGAAUCUGGAGGCAGCAGCAGCAGCAGCGAGGAGGAAGAUGCAGAUGUUGAGCAGGAGACAAGCAUCAGGUCAGAAGAUGCAAGGAAAAAGAAGGAGGAUGAGCUCUGGGCCAGCUUUCUGAACGAUGUGGGAUCCAAAUCAAAAGGACCCUCAAGUGCACAAGUUAAGCGAGGAGCAGAAACUGAAGAGACAAGUUCAAGUAAAUUGUUGGUCCAAGCAGAAGAGAUGGAGAAGCCCGAAGAGACAGAAAAGGUCAAAAUCACCAAGGUGUUUGAUUUUGCUGGUGAAGAAGUCAGGGUGACGAAGGAAGUGGAAGCUACAUCUAAGGAAGCCAAGUCCUUCUUCAAGCAGAAUGAGAAAGAGAAACCACAGACGAACGCCCCCUCAGCCCUGUCGUCCCUCCCUGCUGGGUCUGGGUUAAAGAGAUCAAGUGGCAUGAGCAGCCUUCUGGGGAAAAUUGGAGCCAAGAAGCAGAAAAUGAGCACCCUCGAAAAGUCCAAACUGGACUGGGAGAGCUUCAAGGAGGAAGAGGGGAUUGGAGAAGAACUGGCCAUCCAUAAUCGAGGGAAGGAGGGGUAUAUUGAACGGAAGGCUUUUCUAGACCGAGUGGAUCACAGGCAGUUUGAAAUUGAGCGAGAUCUCCGGCUGAGCAAGAUGAAGCCCUGA